AUACCUUGGUAUCCUACUAUUUGACGGCCCCAAAUGGCCUAGCCUUACUUCUUCCAUCCCGGGACCAGUAACACACUUAGCUCCACUUUGUCACAAUAAUUGCUGGUAUCAUCCUAUUACGUGGGCUCCUUGUUGGAAGGAAAUCAUCACUGGACACGAACUUGAGCGGGUCGGAGACGAGAUCCUAUCCUACUUUCCAGAACUUGUCAACUUCAAAGUCUCCUGGAUGUUUAUAGUGUCGUGGAUUGAUAUGCAGCCAUGCUGGGAUACCAGUCUGGCUAAUACCUUUCAAGCGGUGCUGGUCACUGACGGUGUGCUGACAUUUGUCAUUUACAACUAUAAUAAAAUACAGUUCACUUUGUCUUAUUCGUCUUACAACCAUGCACAGGUCGGCUUCAACAAAGGAGAUUACACCCACUACCACGCUGUGGAGGGAUCGGGUACGGAGGAUAUUGCCACGGUAGUGUCGCGUACCAACGUCAACCGGACAGGCAAGUUCGUCUUCAGACUCAAUGGGUAUAUGGCACGUCCUGUCAAAGUUGCCGACAUAGUGUUCGUUAUAGAUUCUUCCUACAGUGAGGCGAAGUUUUUCGACAAUAUCCUCCAGUACAUAGUGGAUGUAACAGACAAUCUCAUUAUAGCCCCUAAUGAGACACAGGUAGCUGUUAUAAGCUUCUCCAGGAUAGCCAGGGUGGAGUUCGACUUUACGUUUUGUCAGAACAACGACUGUGUUCAUGAGCGUGUCCUGAAUAUAUCCCAACUCAAUAGUACUUCAUACAUGGACACCGGACUAGACAUGGCAAGGUAG